GAACUUCUCCAUGCCAGAGGAUUUUUGAUCCCUAACUUGGCUGUGACCAUUGUGAUGGAGCAAGAGCAAAAACUUUUGGUCUCAGAUCCUUAUGGCUUCACCGAGAGGGAGAGUUUGAAAAACACUUUUACAGGAGAAGAAAGUAAGAAUAAUUUGGAAACUGUUCAUCACAAUAACUCUAAGGCAGAUAAAGAGAGAACUUCAAAAUGGUCUAAAAAUGAUGGCCCCCACAGUUAUAAGCAUGAGGACACAAAAGAAAUGCCAUUGAUAUGGUCCCAAGCUGGUAAGAUUGAGUGUGAUGAUUUCUGUGGGAAUGAUGGCAACUCAGAGAAUCAGGGAAAUUCUACAGGAAAAGAGGAGGAAGAACACAGUCAGUGGGGAUGGGACCCAGGAGAACACACCAGGACCUCUGUCCAGCAGAAUAUAUCCUUCAGGGACAAACCCUACAAAUGUUCUGAAUGUUGGAAAAGCUUCAAUAACAGCUCUCAUCUGCGAACUCACCAGAGGACCCACUCAGGAGAAAAACCUUAUAAAUGUUCUGAGUGUGGGAAAUGCUUCAGUAACAGCUCUCACCUGAUCCAGCACCUGAGAACACACACAGGCGAGAAGCCAUACCAAUGUGGCGAAUGUGAGAAAAGCUUCAGCAACACCUCCCAUCUUAUUAUCCAUGAAAGAACUCACACGGGAGAGAAACCCUAUAAAUGUCCUGAGUGUGGGAAGAGUUUCAGUAGCAGCUCGCACCUUAUUCAGCAUCACAGAUCCCAUACAGGUGAGAAACCGUAUGAAUGUCCAGUUUGUGGGAAAUGCUUCAGCCACAGUUAUGUCCUAGUAGAACAUCAGAGGACCCACACGGGAGAAAAACCUUAUAAGUGCCCCGAGUGUGGGAAGAGUUUUAGUCAGAGUUCUAGUCUGAUUCGCCACCAGCGGACACACACAGGUGAGAAGCCCUACAAAUGUCCUGAAUGGAAAAACUUUGGUUGUAAUUCUACUCUAAUAAAGCAUCAGAGAACACAUACAGGAGAAAAACCCUAUCAGUGUACAGAAUGUGGGAAGAAUUUCAGUCGAAGUUCAAACCUUAUUACACACCAGAAAGCACACACAGGUGAGAAAUCCUAUGAAAGUUCUGAAUAUGAAGAAAGUUUGAGUCUGAACUGCAGUGUGAUAGAAGAAGGCAGACUCCAGCUAGGAGAGAAACCAUAUAAAUGUUGUGAAUGUGGAAAGAGUUUUGGUCUCAGCUCCCAUCUCAUUAGACAUCAGAGAACACACACAGGAGAAAAACCUUACAGAUGUUCUGAGUGUUAAACUUUUAGUCAGAGUUCCACCUUGGUGAUUCACCAAAGGACGCACACAGGAGAGAAACCUUAUAAAUGUCCUGAUUGUGGUGAGUGCUUCAGUCAAAGCUUUAACCUUAUCAGGCACCGGAGGACCCACAUAGGAGAAAAACCUUACAAAUGCACUGAGUGUGAGAAAUGCUUCAGCAGAAGUGCCUACCUCAGUCAGCAUCGGAAAAUUCACAUAGCAAAGUCUUUUGCGGAGUUCCCUUUGUGGCGCAUUGGAAACGAAUCCGACUAGGAACCAUGAGGAUGUGGGUUCGAUCCCUGGCCUCGCUCAGUGGAUCGGGGAUCCAGCAUUGCCGUGUAGGUUGUAGCCGUGGCUCGGAUCCUACAUGGCUGUGGUUGUGGCUGUGGCAUAGGCCAGUAGCUGCAGCUCCAACUCAGCCUCUGGCCUGGGAACUCCAUGUACCUCAGAUGCAGCCCUAAAAAAAAAGUCUUUUGCAGCUCCUAAAGUUGAAGAUUUGAGGAAAUAGCCCUCAUCUCGUCCUUCUGAGUCCCAAAUUCAUCUCUUUCUUGAGUCCCAAAGUCUUUUUGUUUUGUUUUGUUUUCUUUUCUUAUUGGACCAUUAUAAUCAACGUGUUGUCUAAUCACAUUGUUACUGAAAUUUCUUUGAUUUGUUUGCCAAAACAUCUGGGAAAAGUCAGCUUCCCAGCUUAGAGGAUGGGAAGAGCCGAUCACCAGGUCAUUGGAUCUGCCUAGUGAGAGAUACUGCUAGUGAUGGAGAGAAAGAACAUUCUUUUAUUUAAGGUAAAACAGGAAUAGCUUCAAAGGAAAACAUGAAGAAAAAUCCUUGGAGACUGAAGCCGAGAUUGCCACUGAAUUUCUUUAUUUCCUCUUGCCUGAUUGGGUGGUGGUAAAUCAUUACUGGCCUUAGGGAUUUUCCCAGAGAAAGAUUCUGUUUUGAACAAAUAAUGUAUUUCCUGGCUAUCUUGUUGGGUCUUAAGGAAGAAAAGACUAAUAUUUUUCAAAUAAUGUUUUUAUUUGUUGAAAAUUAACUUUUGUAGUACCUAGAACUGCACUGUCCAGUACAGUAGCCACUAGCCAUGUGUGGAUAUUUAAAUUUAUAUUAAUUAAGAUGAAAUGCAGUUUACAGUCAAGUUCCUUAGUCACACAAACAGCUUGCUGAGUGCUCAGUAGCCACACAUGACUGGUGGCUGCUGUAUUAAAUAUCACAAAAAGGAUCAUCAUUCUUGGGAGUUCUCUGGUGGUCCAGUGAGUAGGACUCAGCACUAUCACCUCUGUGGCUCGGUUCAGUCCCUGGUCUGGGCGCUGAGAUCCCACAUCAAGCUGCCACACGCCGCAACCAGAAAAAAAAAAAAAAAUCAUCAUUGACAGGUCUGUUUCUUAUAAGACUGUGGGAUGGAGUUCCUGUCAUAGCUCAGUGGUUAACGAAUCCAACUAGGAACCAUGAGGUUGUGGGUUCGAUCCCUGGCCUCGCUCAGUGGGUUAAGGAUCCGGCAUUGCCAUGACCUGUGGUGUAGGUCACAGAUGUGGCUUGGAUCUGGCGUUGCUGUGGCUUUGGUGUAGGCUGGCAGCUGUAGCUCUGAUUGGACCCCUAGCCUGGGAACCUCCAUAUGCUGAGGGUGCAGUCCUGGAAAAGACAAAAAAGACCAGAAAAAAAAAAAAAAAAAAGACUGUGGGAAAUGUGCUCUGGGAUUUUUGUUCUCCAUGAAGAAUUGCAAUAUAGAGUAGAAAUGGGAUAGAGUUUUGAAGGCACUCAGUCUAAAGGUUGGCUUUUCUAAAGAUUGUAUAUUUUGGGGAGUUCCUGUCAUGGCUCAGCAGAGACAAUCCAACUAGGAACUAUGAGGUUGCGGGUUCGAUCCCUGGCCUUGCUCAGUGGGUUAAGGAUCCAGUGUUGCCAUGAGCUGUGGUGUAGGUUGCAGAUGCGGCUCAGAUCUGGUGUUGCUGUGGCUGUGGUGUGAGCCGGCAGCUACAGCUCCGUUUAGACCCCUAGCCUGGGAACCUCCAUAUGCCACAGGUUCGGCCCCAAAAAGACAACAAAAAAAAGAUUGUAUGUUUUAUGUUCCGCCAUCUCAGUUAUCUAGUGAUAUGAUCCCGUUGUCUUGGCCAAAACCAGAUUCGGAAGUAGGAUUCUCGAAUUGUUUAAAAAAAAUUUUUUUUUGGCCAGUGGUCCUUUUCCCUCAGUCUUCCUAUUAUAUAAUACCUCAUCAGAUCAGAAACUGUUUUCUUUUUCUAAUAAAUAACUCACUGAGUCUGAGCCAGUGUCCAGGGACAGUUUCCCAUUGGAGCCCAAGAUCCCUUAGUUCUGGUCUUGGCAGUUUUCUUUUGCCCCUUGAUUAGAUGCUGUGUGGAUCUCAUAAGUGAGAUGUCAUCUUCCCUGCUCGUCUCUCCAGUGGAAUGGUGCUUCGUAAAGUAUUACAUAUUCCUGCCCCCACCUCCGUUUUUCCUGCCAGUGAAAAAGGUAGAUGUGUAAGAAGGUUAGGACUUGCACAGGGUUUCAUCGCAUUUUUGGAGUCAAAAUUUAUUUUAUGAAGAAUAGGUAAAGAUGCAUUAGGACCCAGAAGGGACCAAUUACAGCUGCUGCAAAGGGCUACUUAUAGCUGGUGGGUGACUGAAUUGCACAGGGAGUAUUUCUUUGGUGAUAGUGUUGUACCUGAUACUGGCAAGGCAAUUGCAUCUUUUACACUGUUACAGAAUUUUAAAAUGAAGCAAAAGCUAACAAUGAAAGGUAUUCACAGGAGUUCCCUCGUGGCUCAGCAGGUUAGGGAUCCAGUGUUGUCACUGCUGUGGCCUGGGUCACUGCUGUGGUGUGAGUUAGAUCCCUGACCUGGGAACUGCAUGCCACAGGCGCAGCCACAAAAUAAAUGAAGGUAUUAAAGAAGUCUGGUAUGAUUUUCUGCUUCCGGAAAGGGGAGAACAUUAUUGGGCAUCACUGGCUUUUAUGUGACCCUUGCCUAAGCAUCCUUUUACCAUGUAUGCCUUGGUAUUACCCAAAUUGUCUUAAACCGUAAUAUCUGAGGAUAAGGGUUUACAGUAUUUUUUUUUUAAUCACAGAAAACUAAGAGUUUGAUUAAUGAUCCGUUGCAAGGCAAUAACUGAUGGGGUAGGGAACAGUCGUUGAUCCCAUUAUGUGUGGAAAGUAACCACUCAGAGAGAAUGCCUGGCUUGCAGGGUUUCAGUAAGGAUUAAAUAAAUGUUUGCAAAGCAGCCAGCACAGUGCGUGAAAUAGAACGGGUCUAAAUAAAUGGUAGUUGGUUAUGAUUCAUUGAAACAAAUUGAAAAAUGUCCUUACAUUUUCAGAAGCAGCAAUACAGCCCCAGACUUUCCUACUUAUGGAUUCUUUAUGACCAACCUCAGAACCCUGAGGAAUAAGGUAUUAUAAAAACACAAGACUUUAGUGUGUUUUAAGUUUGCAGCCUGUUGUAAACCCUUUUAUUUGAUUCAGUGUAUUGAAUUUUUUGUUGUUCAUGAAAAAAGGGAUUCGGUUUAAGUUAAGAAAGAACAAAAUAGCAAUUCACUUUCAGCUAAUUUGCCUCUGAAGAGAUUAACAACUGGUACUUACAUUAUGUCCUUACAUUCCUACACUAUGUUUUACUACUUCCCACAAUUAUGUAAAACCUAUUUCACAAACCUUGAUGUCUAUAGGAACAUAGUCGUUCAAUUUUAGAUGGUUUAAGAUGGACUCUGUUAAUAAAACAAUUUGGCAAGAAUUAUUGCGUCUUGGAGUUCCUUGUGGCGCAGUGGAGACGAAUCCGACUAGGAACCAUGAAGACACGGGUUCAAUCCCUGGCGUCGCUCAGUGGGUUAGGGAUCCUGUGUUGCUGUGGCUGUGGUGUAGGCCAGCAACUGUAGCUCCGAUUUGAUCCCUAGCCUGGGAACCUCCAUAUACCACGGGUGCGGCCCUGAAAAUUGAAAAAAAAAACAAAGAAUUAUUGUGUCUUUGGAUUGAAAAUUAGGAAAACAGAAGAGAGAUUUGUCACUUAUGAUGGAGAGUUUAACAUAGUCAAGUUUAAUCCUAUUUGAUGCCUUUGCCUCCCUUUCUUUAUCAGCAAAUAUUAUUUUGCUUCAGAAGAAGUAAAUAUUCUAUAUUCUUUAUUUUUCUUGCCAGCACAAAGGAUUCAGCACCUGAAAAAAAUAAAGCGUUCUGAUUUACAA